CCUAAAUCGGAUUCAACAUGGAUGUAAUUCCGCUACUACUGCAACUUGAUAAGGAAUGCACUGUCUGGGCACAACAGCAUGCCCAUUCUUGCAAUCUAUUCGCUUCGCUUGUUAACAUUAAUCGGCAAAGAGAACAAACAUUCAUACAAUGGCAGACUCAGCAGAAGCAGAAGCAAAAGCAAAAGCAGCAUAUCAUCUGUUCGGUUUCAUCAUCAAGCAAGGAGAAAGCGUUUUUAGCCUCUCCUUCAUUACAGCUACUCAUCCAUAAACAAACGUUGGAGAUCGAAGCUGUUAUCACUCAGCUAUAUGAGGCUAUUCAAGCCUUCAGGAACGUUGUGCAAGCCAUGAUCAAGCUGGAACAACAAAUGGAGGCUGCGGUUCAAACAAUGGAUACGGAAAAACUCCUAAGUAGUGUCAAUUACAUUGAUAGCGCAAUCAUGUCCACAACAGCUGUAACUUCAAACAAUCGCUAUGCGUCCAUGCCAUCUCUAAUGGAUACAGUUGAGAUCUCACCUCUGGAGACUUUAGAUUGGGUGUCAAGAGUCCGAGCAAUGUAUGCUCAGGAACUUAGCGUGAAGCAGUCUCAAAUCCAUCCUUCCAUGACCUUUCCCGAUCAAUCCGGGGAUUUGAUUGAUCUUCAGCGAGACUGGGGUCUUCAAGAGAGGAUUGAUUUCGGUUUAGAACAAGAAAUUAUGGAGCGGAUAAAAACCUAUCGGCGUGUGCGCGAGUUCUCUUCCAGGAUUUGAUACAUCUUGAUUAAUUAAAUUAAGAUCGUUAUAAGCCUAUUUUAUGGUUAAAUGCAGAAAAGGCAAUUCAUUAGACAUUAAUAACCUUACUGUUGACUCAAAACGUUGCAGGUAACCACUACUUUAUGGGUGCGUCUGACGACUUGCAUGGCUUAUAGCAGGGUACUCUGAUAGAGAGUCCGCUCUUUGCCUGGACGAAAUGUAGUCCGUGGUGCUGUACAAUUAUCUGCGCU